UUUCUUCUUGAUUUUUCUUUCCAUCUCAUCUCAUCUCAUCUGAUCUCCAUCCAUCCUCUCUCACGUACGCCGCGGCCUCUCACCUGCUUCGUUCUGGUAGUGGCCGCCGUCGUGUUUUCCCCUUUCCUCCCCCCUCCGGCCACCCUACCCGGCCAAAACCGUAAUAAUUACCACCAAAACAAAUAAACCAUAAUUAAUUAAUUACUUAAUUAAUUUUAAUUACCAGGCCAGAUACCUCCCGGCCAGGUAUAGUAUGAGUAUAUCAUGGAGGAUAUUAGCCCUCGCUUGCUGCAUCGCCGCCAUCUCUUACACCGCCAAAUCCGCCACCCCGGCCGCCGACGAUUAUGACUACGACACCGAGAAGCCGGCCGCCCCGCCGCCGGAGCAGCAGCACUGCGCCGGCAUAUUCCUCACCUACAGCUUCCAGGGGCGCGAGAAGAUCUAUCCGCUCGUGAAGAACACGUCAGCGCAGGCCUGGUCCUUCAAGGCCACGCUGUCCAUUCUGAACGCGGGAAAAGUGGAGCUGAAGGCGUGGAAGGUGUUCGUGGGGUUCCAUUACAACGAGCUGUUGGUGUCGGCCGACGGGGCGGUCGUGGUUGACGCCGACGAUUUUCCGAUCCUGGUGGGGAAGAACGGGACGGUGUUCGCCGGAUAUCCGAUGACGGAUUUGAAGACGGCCAUCGACACCGCCGGUGAUUUCACCCAGAUGCAGGCCCAGAUUGAAAUUAAGGGAACGCAAUUUGGGUUGAAGGAGAAGGCCACCCCCAUGCCUAAAUCAAUCAAGCUCAAAAAUGAUGGGUUUAAAUGCCCUGCCGCCAAAAAAAAACCAACCUACAUGAGCGUGUGCUGCAAGAAGGACCCCAAGUUCAAGCCCAAGAAGGAGAAGAAGACCAAGUUUAUGCCCAAACGCUACGGCGACCUGAGCUUCACCUACGACGUUCUCGCCGCCUACGACAACAAAUACCAAGCCCAAGUCACCAUCGACAACAACAGCCCUCUCGGCCGUCUCGAUCAAUGGAAUCUCACCUGGCAAUGGAUGAAAAACGAGUUCAUUUACUCCAUGAAAGGCGCUUUCCCCCACGUCAAAGACCCCUCCCAAUGCAUCUACGGCCCUCAGGGACAGUACUAUCAACAAUUCGAUUUCACCAACGUUUUGAACUGUCAGACCCGCCCUGUCAUCUCCGAUCUCCCCCCAACUUUCAUCAAUGAUAAUAAGAUCGGAAAACUGCCGUUUUGUUGCCGGAAUGGGACGUUGUUGCCGAAGACUAUGAAUGAGACGAAAUCCAGGGCGAUUUUUCAGAUGGAGGUGUUUAAACUCCCGCCGGAUCUCAACCGGACCGCUAUUACGCCGCCGCAGAACUGGAAGAUCACGGGGCAGUUGAACCCUACGUAUAAAUGCGGGCCGCCGAUGCGGAUCGACCCGAGUGAGUUCCCCGACCCGAUGGGCACCGCUAUGACCACAACCGCCGUGGCGUCGUGGCAGAUCUCGUGUAAUAUUUCCACGCCUAAACAUAAAGAGGCGAAAUGCUGCGUGUCGUUCUCCGCGUAUUUCACGGACUCGGUGGUCCCGUGCAACACGUGCGCGUGCGGGUGCGACGCGGACGACGAGGAGCAGACGCCCAAGCGGUGCAACCAGAACGCGGCCGCCCUGCCGCUCCCCGCGGACGCCCUGCUCGUCCCGUUCGCGAACCGCACGGCGAAGGCCCUCGCGUGGGCCUCCAUGAAACACCAUAAAGUGCCACGUAGGCUCCCCUGCCCGGACAACUGCGGGGUCAGCCUCAACUGGCACCUCGACUCGGACUACCGCUCGGGCUGGACGGCCCGCAUCACCCUCUUCAACUGGCGCGACGACCCGUUCGCCAACUGGUUCACGGCCAUCCAGCUCAAGCGGGCCGGCAAGGGGUUCGAAAACGUUUACUCGUUCAACGGGACCAUGCUCAAAGGAGAUGGCCUCGACCACACUAUAUUCAUGCAAGGCCUCCCGGGCCUCAACUACCUAGUCGGAGAGGUAAAUGGGACCCACCCGGGGACCGAUCCUAGAGUGCCCGGAAAACAACAAUCCGUCAUCUCCUUCUUGAAGAAAGGUCUUCCUCACCUUAAAAUAGCGUCCGGAGAUGGGUUCCCUUCUAAGGUCAUCUUUAAUGGCGAAGAGUGCGCUCUCCCAAAACGCAUUCCCAAGAAAGAUACUGGAGCAGCCCAUACACUCCGAACCGGGUUCUUGCCACCGCUUUUCAUUGCUUUCCUCACUUUCUUGCUCUUGUCGGACCGGUUCAACUGAUCACCAUGCAUUAUAUUGUUUCCGAUUCUAGCUUUCUUCUAUGAAGGGACAAGCAUGGCUUGGGAGUGUGAAGAAAAGAGUGGCAAAUUGAAGGGAAGCAUGCAAGAUAUUCAGAAGGGCGGGCAGACUUGUUUGGAAAUAAAGACAAAGAAGCAGAUGAUGAAGGGUUGUAAUAGACAAAAGUUGAGACAACAUUAAAACCAAAACAAAACAAACAAAAAACAGAAAAGAAAAAAAAAAGAUUGGUUUAAUUUGUUUUAAUUAAUUAUAAUACUUUAAUUUGAUUACGUACAGGAGUUAAAUAUAUUUAAUUAGCCUAAAUGUAUAGUGACUGUAUGCAAAUGAACAUUCACAUUCAAAUUGGAUGGUUAGAUUUUAUUAAUGUUUAUAUCAA